GAGUCAAGUCCACGAUUCCCACCAGAACUCAUGACGAGAGCAAGGCAAACGCAGCCGAAAUCGGAAUCACGAGAGCGUUGAUAGCCAGCUGAUAAGAUGGAUGGCCCGCCGCCUAUAAGAGAUGAGUUCCGGUGACGACCCAAUGCUAUUCCACAACGAGAGCAACCAUGUCCGGAGCAGCUUGGAUGUCCCUAGCUUUUGUGGCCUGUCUGCUGGCCGCAUCGGUGGACGGCAAUGGGUUCAGCACCCAGUAUCGUGGUCACACGCAGCACCCUAGCCUGGCGGAGCACUGCCUCUACGAGGAGUUGGACCUGGCCGUUCCACUCAAUGGCUACGUUCUGCCCUCCGGUCAGCAGGGCUACUGCAUUCGCUUGGAGUGCACCGAUGACUAUCUGCUGUUGAUACGCCACUGCGACAAACAGCCAUGGCCGCGACCUGGCUGCCACCUCUCACCCAACGACUAUGAUUUCAAGUUCCCCGAGUGCUGUCCCCAACUCGAGUGCUCCGACGAAUACUAGAUACAAGAUACUAGAUCCAAAAGCAUCGAUCUGUUCGGAAUUACUAUUUCUAUUUAAACUAUAAUCCAUUGAUCUUGUGGCAAAGUUAGCCAAAGUACUAGUAACAAGUAUAAUCUUUAGUUAAAUAAAAACAUAUAUAGUUUAAG